GGUAUCCCCAUGCGGAAGUGUGACGUCAGUGCAGGAAACAAACAGCAGAUGCACCGGUGUGUAGAUGGAGGAAUGUUAGCGCGGAGAACGGCUAUCCCACUGUGACCGCGUCGUGUUACGGCUUUAAUCAAAGGAACUGAACUACAGCACCCGAGAGAAUGAAGUUCACAUGUGACCAGUGUGGAAAGAUGUUGCCAUCUGCUUCCAGUCUCAAACUUCACUACAGAACUCACACAGGAGAGAAGCCAUUUAAAUGUGACCAGUGUGGGAAGGAAUUUCAACAUUCUAGUAACCUGAAUCAACACAUGAGAAUCCACACUGGAGAAAGGCCGUACACCUGUGACCAGUGUGGGAAGGCAUUUAUAGACUGCAGUAAACUCAAAAGACAUAAGAGAAUCCACACAGGGGAGAAGCCAUUUAAAUGUGACCAGUGUGGGAAGGAAUUUCAACAUUCUAGUAACCUGGACCGACACAUGAGAAUCCACACGGGAGAAAGGCCGUACAGCUGUGACCAGUGUGGGAAGGCAUUUAAAGACUCGGGUAAACUCAAAGUACAUAUGAGAAUCCACACAGGAGAAAGACCACACAGCUGUGACCAGUGUGGGAAUGAAUUUAUACAGUCUAGUGCACUCAAAGUACAUAUGAGAAUCCACACAGGAGAAAGGCCAUACAGCUGUGACCAGUGUGGGAAGGCGUUUAAAGACUCGAGUACACUCAAAGAACAUAUGAAAAUCCACACAGGAAAAAGACCAUACAGCUGUGACCAGUGUGGGAAUGAAUUUAAACAGUCUAGUGCACUCAAUGUACAUAUGAGAAUCCACACAGGUGAAAGCCCCUGCAGCUGUGACCAGUGUGGGAAAGCAUUUAAACGCGCUGAUUCACUCAAAGUACAUAUGAGAAUCCACACGGGAGAACGGCCAUACAGCUGUGACCAGUGUGAGAAAGCAUUUAAAGACUCAGGUAGUCUCAUAAUGCAUAUGAGAAUCCACACAGGGCAGAAGCCAUUUGAAUGUGACCAGUGUGGGAAUGAAUUUAACAAGGCUGGUACACUCAAAGUACAUAUGAGAAUUCACACGGGAGAAACGCCAUACAUAUGUGACCAGUGUGAGAAAGCUUUCUCUAAUUCAUCCAAUCUGAAUAGACACAUGAGAAUUCACAAGUGUUUUAGACUGUAUGAGUGUGGUCAGUGUGAAAAGGCUUUUAAAACAUCGCAGCAACGCUCCAGUCACUACCGAACACACACAGGAGACAAACCAUACGACUGUGAAGAGAGUGGGAAGGCUUUAAGAUCUGUGAGGAACCGUCUGAACCAAGUUUCCAGACUGAAGGGAAGAGCAGCAGCUGUGACCAGUGUGGGAGGACCUGCUCAUCUGAAAGUGCACUGUCUUGAACACACUAAAGGAGACAGAGCUGCUGAGGCUGGAUCAUGUGAGGCUAAAGUCAGACUCAAAAAGCUGGAGAUCAGGCUUCAGAGACUCCAGACUGUGGAGUCGACCUCAGUGUAGAGUCAAAAAGUACAAGUAUGUAUAUAUAUAAGUACAAAAAAUAUGUUAUGAUUAAGAUUUUUUUAAACAAAGCUUUUUUUAUUGUAAACGUUUCAGUGGGAAUUUACUUUGUCCAUCUUAUAUUCUCAUUAUUUUUAUUUAUGGUGUUUUUUUUUGUUUUUUUUGCUUUGUUUAACCUUUCAUUUCUGGUUCACAGAAACACUCUUGUUAGUUACCCCACAACAAAGUUUAUUCUUCAUUGAUGUUGUGAUGACAAUAUU